AUGAUCACUGAGCUUAUUCAAGAAACCUUUGAAGAACAUGAAAUUUAUCUGAAAUCACUCAAAGUUGAAACCGAUCCACCUUUGAAACAUACCAGCUUGGAGCGCCCACCCAAUCCGGAGUCCAAAAGUGAUGGGGACGAGUUUAAUUUUUAUCCGGAAAAUUCCCAAGCAGUCCAACUCAACACCAAGAUUGAGCGCUACACCAAUGUUCCUAAUUGA